GGAAAGCGCAGUAAAUCCUCGAAAGGCAGCUGCCGCUGUCUGUGCGCGAGUGUGAGAACGCUGGUUCAAUUUAAGAACUGAGCUUGACAGUAGCCGACCCAAAACGACACCGAGCACCGCGGUAUAGUCAAGAAACCAUCUGGUAGUUUCAGAUAAGGUUACUAUUUCAAAAGGUUUCGCCAGAAAGCCGGAGGAGCGAUAGGCUUAAGGUAAAUUCCGGCCUGACAACCGAGUCCCUUAUUAUCCCGGCGAUUCUUUCAGCAGAACCGAUUACUGUUUAAGUUAAAUACCGCUUUGACAGCUGAACUUACUGAGAAAAGCGUUCGAAACCGCUGGGGGAAGUCGAGUGGUCUUGCAAUUAAGCCCCAUCAGAGGCCCGAGGAAAGCUGGAACUGCAAUUAUAGAUUACAUUUCAGAGCACACAACCGAAAGAUAAUAACUUUAUAUGAAAGCCGCCGCCGUCGUCGAGAAGCGCAGGAUUUUUUACCACCCUCCAGACUUUUUCCAGGCAGUCCAUAAGCCAUUUGAGCCAUGGACCAAAGAAUGUACAUGAACACAGCGCCCGCCCUCCAUCACUACCCGCAUAGUCUAGCCAGCACAUACAGCCUUCAUCAGACUCUACAGAGACCCUCUGCUUUGCCCACCCUGUACAGUGGGGGCAGUUUUGCUUAUGCCGGGACAGAACCAUGGGGUCUACCGCACCCCUCGGGCAUGACAAACGGAUUAAGCCCGCAGUUAACGCGGGAACACCAGGAAUAUUUACAGAGUAGUCAUGGCAGUGGGGGAGGAGGAGGGGGACACGUUGGACUUAGUUCUUCGCAGACGCGUGCGGACUCUGGUUCACUGGGACCGUAUCACGUCCCCCCUGGGCACGCGCAUAGCGGAGGGCUGGGGAGUUACUCGUCGCCGUAUGACAGUAUUACGGGUUCCCCGCCCAUUCGCUCUGCAGGCUCGCCGAAGGACGUGAAUGGGAAUUCCACCUCAAAAUCCCCGACUACCUCAGACUCUGGCGCCUCCUAUCAGUUAGAUUUAUCUGCGAAGCCAAGAAAAGAGAGGACUGCUUUUACCAAAUACCAAAUUAAAGAGUUAGAAAAAGAGUUUUCUGUCCACAAUUAUUUAACAAGAUUACGAAGAUACGAAAUUGCAGUUUCGUUGGAUUUGACAGAACGACAGGUUAAAGUGUGGUUUCAGAACCGCCGUAUGAAGUGGAAGCGGGUCAAAGGAACGCAGAUGGUCAAGGACAAAGUGACCGGUCAGUUAAAGCCCGUGGAUUCCCUCCCUUCGUCUGUAGGAGACUCAAUAACGACGCAUGGUCAGAUCUCACCCACGGCCAGCCAAGGCAGCCAGGGGGCGCCUUAUGAUGACCAACACGCGCCUAUACAGAGGAGUCCUUUCAGUAAAGAACAACAGUGAACUCUUGUCUUCUAGUUAACUUCAUACGAUCUAAUUACAGGACAGCAACGAGCAUUGUGCCAAGUUUUCAUGAAGUUUGGAACAGUUGGGAAAAUUACAGCAGCACUGUGUGUAUUCACCCUAAAGUAUAAAGCAGAGAAAGACCUCGGUACAA